AUGCAAUGGACGCUGCGCUUUAAGCAGCACAAAACCACUAUCCUCCUCUUCGUCCAGCAAAGCCAACCCUUCGAAUCAAUAAAGCGCGACCUCCUAGAUGCAAUCAAAGCUACAGGUAUUCAGGACAUCAACGGCAAUGCUCUACCUUCAGGUCCGGAAGACAUCGAGUUUGGUGUGCCAAGAGACAAGAACGACCCCAGCAAAGGUUGGGUAGCUCUCAAGAUCCCAGAGGUUGAGGAUGGAGAUACGAAGGGCAAGGGUGUCAAGAAGGGUAGCAUCUUGAAUGAGAGUCCAUUGGGUGCUGGGCUGAAAGAUGGGACUAUGCUGGCUUUCAAGUUCACAAAAUCAACCGAGGAGGCUGCAAUGGAUCUGGAUGAUGAAUGGGACGUCAUAAUACCCAGCUACGACGACGAGGCUGGGAGCCAAAGCCAGGGUCGUGGAUGA